GUACAAAAGGAAGAGAGAAAGUGCGAGCAAUGACUAAAGCCUAUGAAUUCAAUUGGCAACGGACUGUCCCUCAACCACUACUCGAUGGCAAUAACUUUCAUAUGUGGGAAGAGGAAAAGGGUGAAAUAGUGUACGAGCCGAAUGCAACAUUCAAAGUGGACGAAUAUGGCUUUUUCAUAUAUUGGAAAUCUGAGGGCAAAGAAAAGGGUGAAAUAGUGUACGAGCCGAAUGCAACAUUCAAAGUGGACGAAUAUGGCUUUUUCAUAUAUUGGAAAUCUGAGGGCAAAGAGGGACAGGUAUUAGAACUAUGCCAAGUGAAUGACAUCAGAUUAGGAGGGGUACCAAAGGACCCGAGACUUCUCUAUGAACUCCAACAGCGAACCACUGGAGUACUUGAGGACUGUUCACUAACUAUAUGCAGUGGUUAUGAUAUGGUUAAUAUCAACUACACUCACAUCGUCUGUCCCGACGAUCAAACUGCUAAAAAUGAUGUGAUUGAGCCGUCGGAGUGGACUUUUGAGAGGUUUUACCGACUCUACCAUAAGGUUUGUCCCCGAAAUGACAUCGAAGAGCUAUUCAAUCAGAUAACUCAAGGGAAAUCUGAUUAUAUAGAUCACAAGCAAUUGAUUGACUUCUUGAAUGACAGGCCAGAAUUGGAUGACUUGCGCAUCACAUCUGAGUUGUCAGACGUUUUCCUCUAA